GGGAGCGGCGGCGGCGGAGGAUGGAGGCGGUCGUCUUCGUCUUCUCUCUCCUCGACUGCUGCGCGCUCAUUUUCCUCUCAGUCUACUUUAUAAUUACAUUGUCUGAUUUAGAAUGUGAUUACAUUAAUGCUAGAUCAUGUUGCUCAAAAUUAAACAAGUGGGUAAUUCCAGAAUUGAUUGGCCAUACCAUCGUUACUAUGUUAAUGCUUGUUUCAUUGCACUGGUUCAUCUUCCUUCUCAACUUACCGGUUGCCACUUGGAAUAUAUAUCGGUUCAUUAUGGUGCCAAGUGGUAACAUGGGAGUGUUUGAUCCAACAGAAAUACACAAUCGAGGGCAGCUGAAGUCACACAUGAAAGAAGCCAUGAUCAAGCUUGGUUUCCACUUGCUCUGUUUCUUCAUGUAUCUUUAUAGUAUGAUUUUAGCUUUGAUAAAUGACUGAAGCUGGAGAAGCCGUGGUUGAAGUCACCCUACACUACAGUACACAGUUGAGGAGCCAGAGACUACUUAAAUCAUCCUUAGAACUGUGACCAUAGCAGUAUAUAUUUUCCUCUUUGAAUAAAAAACUAUUUUUGCUGUAUUUUUACCAUAUAAAGUAUUUAAAAAACAUGAGUUGAGUUUUUAUAGAUUUCUGGUUCUCAACUUUAGCCUGAACCCCAACACAUGGAGGUGUUUUUCAUCAUCUGUAUGUUGAAGAUGGUUAUUUGUAUGUAGGAACAGGACUGCCAACCCAGCCGUGCAUGCCAAAGUAGUAAAGGAUGCAACUUAAAGGGAGAAUUUAAUAGAUGAGCAAAGCUGCUCUUUAGGACUAAUGAAAAGUCAGAUUACAAAUCAACACCGUUAAUCUGGACAAAAGAAAGUUAUCUUUUUUGCCUAUAUUGUGGCACCUUCAUAUACUUAAUAUGGUAUAAAGAUUUAUGGGACUAAAAGGACUAUGUCAGCUAAAAAUCUUUUCAUAAGAAUGUUAACAGAAGAUGACAUUUCAAAAUAUAUCUUUUUCUUUGUAGAAUUUGUGAAACGUUAUCAGCCAUUUGCCCAGGUACAAUGUAAUUCCUGCUUAUAGAAAGGAAAAAUAAAUCAAAAAAAGCAA